AUGAAACAAAUCGAUGAAGCAAUCUCUUCUGGGGGAUCAGGGCGACCUGGAGUCGACAGGUCCUUUAUCGAAGGCGCACUCAAAAGCUCGCAUGUAAAUGCUCUCCGUCUCGCCCUUUAUCAAUUAACCGGCGAUGUGCAGCUAGGCCAGAUGGAGGUGACCAAGGAAGCCAUACGUGGUGGUGCCAUGCUAGACUACGUUCUCGGUCCAGAGGAUGAAGCAAUUGUGCAAAGCAAAGCCGCGGAAUACUUGACAUCAACCCAAGUGCCCGGAGUGUCAGGCUUGCAUGUGCCAUCUCUCAAGCAUGCCCAGGGUUUGAUGAAGACCUUUCGUGGAGAGGAGCUCACCAAGGCCGAGAUUCCUUUAGGCUACGAGGAGCUCUCAUUUCAAGCCUUUUCCCGUGAGGUCAAGUGGUCGAAGAAGCCGAGCCCAGAGACCCUUGAGAAUUUCCAGGUUGUCAUCAUCGGUAGCGGCAUCAAUGCCGACAUUGGAGGAACAUGGAUGCAGAACACCUAUCCAGAGGCGCGUGUUGACACCCUUGGCUUCUCAUUUCAGUACGAAUUUGAAAGCGGUUACCAUUGGACUGAGAUAUAUCCUUCAGCACCGGAACUGCGUGGGUAUUUGGACCAUGUGGCCACCAAAUAUGGCGUCAAGCGGCGCUGUAUGUUCAACCUUGAAGUUAUUCGGGCAGAGUGGGAUGAUUCGUGCGCAACCUGGACUUUGACACUUCAACUACCGGACAGAAGUAUCGAGUUCAUCACGGCAAAUGCAAUUAUUAGUGCAGUCGGUUUGUUUUCGACCGUAAAUCUCCCUGACUUCCCCGGAAUUCAAGACUUCAAGGGCCACGUCUUUCACAAAACUCAAUGGGACCAUUCCAUCAAUCACAGGGGAUUGAGAGCGGCUGUAAUUGGCAACGGAUCUAGUGGUGCUCAGCUUAUCCCCGGGCUGGGGAAAGUGUCUGAGCAUCUCACUAUAUUCUAA